AUGAAAGACCUUGCGACGCCGAGCUUCUGGCGGCGCCUCGGGCGCUCCUUCCGCCACGAGGUCGAUGAGGACGAUGGCCAUGGCCGGCGCUCGAGCCUCUUCCGCCGGGAUCCCGCGCGUCGUAGCUUCCGCGGUCUCUUCAAGCGCAAGGACAUCGAGUACGAUGCAACGAUCGAUGGCGCAACCCACUCGACGCGCAAGUCGCUCCUCGAGCGCUGGCUGCGCGAAGACGACCCGUGGCGGCGCGAGUCGACGUGCCGCUUGUCGCCGGUCGAGCUGGAAAAGCCGGCGUGGAUAUCGCGCUGCAGCGCGGUCCAGGUCGUCAUGUGCAGCGAGCAACCAGUCAUGGACGGCGACGACGACGACAACGAUGAUGCGACGACACAGGCCUCGGACGAGUCGCCCGUCACGUCGCCCAAGCAAGCUGCGCGAUCCAAUAGCGCCGUGCUCUUCAAGCCCACGUCCAGCGAGUACGCAGCACCAUUGCGCCUCACAUCGGUGCCGGUGGCGAUCCCGCUCAUCUUUCGGAAGCGGGACCGCUUCUACGUCGGCGGGAAAAACAUCCCGUUCACGCGCCAAAACCAUCUGGACCGUCGCCAAAAGCACAUGCGCAAGGCCAUGGACGUCGUGUACGAAGACUGCUUGUACCUCGACUUUGCCCUCGACCCGACCGUGAAGAACCUCGUCGACUACUCACGCCUCCUCCAGCAUCAGCGGGCGCUGGCCCAGGCGUUCCUCCACGCCUCUUAAGUUAUUCCGUCGCUUGAUCGCAGCACGUUGUGGCAUGUGCCAAUCCC